CGAGAGCCAUGACACACGGGCUAUCUUUCUCAACCCCCGACCUGGUUAGACGGCCUUUUGUGAUCCGUGUUUGAGACCCUGUUUGAAUUCCGGAAUUUGUGCUGCCGUUCCGUUCCCCAGAUGGCUCGAGCUGCGUCAUCCUCCCCUUCCUCCUCACCCCUUCCCUUCUCGCCUCCUUCCUCAAUUCUCAUCAUCGGCUCUGGCGUCUUCGGGCUCAGCACCGCCUUGGCCCUCGCCCGUCGUGAUGACUUCGCCCAUUGCUCGAUAACGGUCGUCGAUAGGUCUGACACCGCCCAACCAGGGGUCUUCCCCUCUCCGGACGCCGCCAGCAUCGACACGAGCCGCAUCAUCAGAGCCGACUACGCUGAUCCAGCCUACGCUGCACUGGGUGACGAGGCCCAGGUGCAAUGGCGCAAGCAGGACGAGCCCGCCGAUCUGGGUGGCCAGGGGCGCUACAGUGAGACUGGACUGAUCCUUGUUGGCGACUUCACGCCGCCUGCGCCCUCAGCAGCCCCGUCAGCGGAUGGGGGGUUGAAACAGAAACCCAAGCUGACGGGCAUGGAUUAUGCUCGCCUGAGCUGGGCCAACGUCUUGUCCUUGGCGGCUAAAGACCCUGAACUCGCCGCCCGUGUCCGCGAGCUGCCCGACUCGGAGGCCAUCCGUGAGGCUCUGGGCACUGGCGGGAGCUCUGGUUUCUGGGGUUAUAUCAAUCAUAACAGCGGUUGGGCCAACGCCGCUGCCACAAUGGCCUGGUUUCUCGACGAGGUCCAGCAGACGGGCCGUGUCAACUUCAUCGCCGGCACCGUUGUCUCCCUGGAGCACGACGAAACCACCGUCACCGGCACCAAGCUCUCCGACGGCCGGGUCCUGUCCGCUGAUCUCAUCGUCGUCGCAGCAGGUGCUUGGACCGGCGGCCUAGUUGAUUUGGGCGGGCAAGCGGUCGCCACGGGCCAGGUGAUGGCCUACGUGGAGCUCACCCAAGCCGAACAAGACGAACUCGCAAAUACGCCGGUCAUCCUGAACCUCUCAUCAGGCCACUUCAUCAUCCCGCCAACCAACCGCGUCCUCAAAAUCGCCCGGCAUGCCUACGGCUACCUCAACCCGACCACUCUGCUCACCAACCCACCCCUCCCGCUCAACCCAGCAAUCACCCCGCCCACCACCGUCUCCCUCCCCCGAACGGCCCUAACCGACCCAUCCCUCUCCAUCCCCCGUGACGCCGAACUCGACCUCCGCUAUGCCCUCCAGGAGAUGAUACCCUGGUCGACGCUCCGCAACCGCCCGUUCUCCAAGACCCGCCUGUGCUGGUACUCGGACACGGCCACGGGCGAUUUCUUGAUCGACUACCACCCCUACUGGCGCGGCUUGUUCGUCGCGACGGGCGACAGCGGGCACGCAUUCAAAUUCCUGCCCGUUAUUGGCGACAAGAUCGCCGACUGCAUCGUGCGCGAACCGCCGGCUGAGUUCCGAGGGAAGUGGGACUGGAAGGUGACGGAAGGGUCCAGGAGGGAUGUGUUUACUGAGGAUGGGACCAGGGGAGGCACGCCUGGGCUGGUGCUCGCUGAUGUCCUACCUGAAGAACACGGAAGGGCAUAGUGUGUGGGUGUGAUCUUCAUUGAAGAAGCGCGGAGGGGGAAUCAGGACAGGUAAGCUCACAAACACCACCCGUCUCACGGGCCCAGGAUUUAAUCAAUGAUGGUAGUAUUUGACGGCAGCAAGAACCACGGCUGAAAACCAUAACAGUCCUUCUCUUCAACAUGCGCCGCCAUAACGGGUAAAUUCGAGCCGGCGGCG